GGAAUGAAGAAGAUAGUAGGAAGUAACGCUGCUUUGACUAAUUACAAAAUAGAAGAAUAAAAAAGAAACUAUCUCAUCCAUUCCAAAUCAACUUCCGUUUUCUCACUCUCCAUUGACGCUCUCCAGAUUCAUCUCUAUAUUCCUCACGCUGCUCAUAUACAGGAUAUGAGCGUUAAAGAGUUACCGAAUCUCUAAUGUUACUAAGUUUAAUACUUUGGUGACAUUUGAUCCGGAUUCUUUAUAUUAAUAUGUCUAUUAGUCCAUAUGCCUUGUUUUCUUCACUUCAUGUCUAUCAUUUAUGAGCAAUCAUAUCAAUUAUUUAAUUUUUCCUUGUGUUUCAGACUUGUUUCAGUUUCACAGCAACUUGGUUUUGGCUUUUACAGUUGCAAUGGCAUUGGCUUGCAAUAGCCUCCAAAGCAGCUCUUCUUCACCAAAGAUGAGAUGGAAAUAUGAUGUGUUUGUGAGCUUUAGAGGAGACACUCGCAACAAUUUCACCGAUCACCUCUUUGGCGCUCUUCAUAAGAAAGCUAUUAUUACCUUCCGGGAUGAUACAAAGCUCAAGAAAGGGGAAGAUAUAUCACUUGAGCUUCUACAAGCUAUUGAAGGAUCCCAAAUUUUGAUUGUUAUUUUCUCAACAAACUAUGCUUCUUCCACAUGGUGCUUGCAAGAACUAGUAAAAAUUGCUGCAUGCAUUGAAGUUCCAGGACAAUCUGCUCUACCUAUUUUCUUUGAUGUCAGUCCUUCUGAGGUACGAAAGCAAUGCGGAGAUUAUGAAAAAGCCUUUCAAGGGCAUGAAGAAAGAUUCAAAGCAACUUUAGAGAAAGUGCAAAGAUGGAGAGGAGCUCUAACACAAGUAGCCAAUCUCUCUGGUUGGGACGUAAGGGAUAAGCCACAAUAUGCAGAGAUUGGAGAAAUUACUAAAAAGGUAACAUGCUUAUUGGGAAAUAAAUCUUCGACUUUACCUAGGGAUAUAGUUGGGAUGCCCUCCAGAGUGGAAGAAUUAGAAAACCAUAUGAUUUUGAACUCAAAUGAUGAUGAUGUUCGAGUAGUAGGGAUUUGUGGAAUGGGUGGAAUAGGAAAGACGACUCUUGCUACUGCUUUGUAUGCUAGAAUCUCUAAUCAAUUUGAUGCUUGCUGCUUUAUUGAUGAUGUAAGUAAAAUUUAUGGAGAUCAUGGCCCAAUUGGAGUACAAAAGCAACUUCUGCGUCAAACUCUAAAUGAAGACAAUCUUCAAAUAUGCAAUCUUCCUAUGGCUUCUAAUUUGAUUCGAACUAGGCUAUCUCGAAUAAAAUCCCUUGUUGUUCUUGAUAAUGUGGAUGAAGUUGAACAACUGGAUAAAUUGGAUAUGAAACGAGAAUGGCUAGGCAAAGGGAGUAGAAUAAUCAUAAUUUCUAGAAAUGGGCACAUCUUGACAGAGCAUGGAGUAGAUGAAGUAUACAGAGUUCGACUCUUGGAUCGUAAAUGUGCCCUUCAAUUGUUUUGCCAGAAAGCUUUCAAAAGUGAUGACAUCAUGAGUGGUUACAUAUACUUGACAGAAGAAGUACUAGCAUAUGCCAAUGGCCUUCCACUAGCAAUUAAAGUGUUGGGCUCGUUUCUGUAUGGUCGAGAUGUGUCUGAGUGGAGAAGUGCAUUGUCAAGAUUAAGAGAGAACCCAAGGACAGAUAUUAUGAAUGUACUCCGAAUUAGUUUUGAUGGACUAGAGGAUACAGAAAAGGACAUAUUUCUUGAUAUUGCUUGUUUCUUUCAUGGAUACCCGAAGAGACACGUGAAGAAAGUUUUAGAUUUUCGUGGAUUUCAUCCUAAAAUUGGUUUAAGAGUUCUUAUUGAUAAAUCAUUCAUAACUUGUGAGAAACAGAUAAUUUGUAUGCAUGAUUUGUUUAGAGAACUGGGAAAGAGUAUCGUUAGAGAAAAAUCACCCAAAGAACCAAGAAAGUGGAACAGGGUGUGGGACUACAAAGACGUCCACAAUGUUAUCUCAGAAAACAUGGCAACAGAAAACCUUGAAGCCAUGAUGAUGGAGUAUGAUUCAGCACAUGAUAUAGAAAUACAACAGAUGACAACAUUGAGGGCCGAAGCUUUAGCACAAAUGAGUCGCCUUAAAUUGCUCAGGUUGUUGACGUUUAAUUUCUCAGGAAGUCUCAAUUUUCUUUCAAGUGAAUUGGGGUAUCUACGUUGGGAUAAAUAUCCUUUCACUAGUUUGCCAUCAAGUUUUCAGGCGUAUAAACUUGUUGAAGUGAUCCUACCUCAUAGCAACAUUAGGAAACUAUGGGAAGGCACAAAGUUUCUACCUAAUUUGACACAUAUUAAUCUCAAUUACUCAAAGAAUCUUAAUAUGAUGCCAAAUUUUGAGGAGACUCCAAAUCUUGAGAGCCUAUGUCUUGAAGGAUGUAUAAAACUUGUGAAGAUUGAUCCAUCCAUUGGUACAUUAAGGAGGCUUUCCAUAUUAAAUUUGAAAAAUUGUACAAAUUUGGUCAGUAUUCCUAACAACAUUUUUGGUCUGAAUUCUCUCGAACAUUUAAAUAUCUCAGGCUGUCCAAACUUAUUUAAGAAUCUGUUAGAUAUACAAAGCCAAAUAGAACAUCCGGAGAUGCUUGAUAACAAGGAAAUCACUACCCAAUACCAACCAACAUCCUUCAUCUACAAAUUUCUAAAGCCACACUUUCGAUAUUUGACUUUUCAAAAACCUGAAGAUUCAGUUGGUUUAUUGUUGCCUUCAUUGUCUCGUUUGUCAUGUUUGCAAUAUCUUGACCUGAGUUUCUGCAAUCUUUUUCAAAUCCCUUAUGCAAUUGGGUUGUUACAUUGCUUAGAAACCCUAUAUUUGGGGGGGAACAAUUUUGUGACACUACCUUCUAGCUUGAAAGAACUUUCCAAACUUAAAGAAUUAAACUUGCAGCACUGUAAGCGCCUGAAAUAUUUUCCUGAGCUCCCAUCAAAAACUGUUUUGCCAGUAAGAAAAACAUGUUUUGGUAGAUUUUCAGCUGGGUUAUAUAUAUUUGACUGCCCCAGUUUAGUUGAGAUGGAAAGCUAUUUUGGAAUUGCUUUUUCUUGGAUGAUACAACUUCUUCAGGUUCACAUGCAAUCCGAGAUCCCAAGGACAGACAUUACAAUUGUUAUUCCCAAAACUCAAAUUCCAAAGUGGUUCACCAAACAACAUGUAGGCAGUUCAAUAAGCAUCGAUCCAUCAUCCAUUAUGCAUGACAAGAAUUUGAUAGGCAUCGCUUGCUGCUUAACAUUUGUAGCGCAAGAUACUCCUACUAAUUUAAGGGAAGAACUGUCAUCUUAUAUUGCGUUUGGUUUUAAAUGUACACGGUGUGGGGUCUAUUCAAUUAUUCCCAUACUUCUUGGAAAAGAUCUGGUCACAGUUGAUUUAGAUCACCUGUUGCUAGUUUUUUUCAGUAGGAAGGAAUUUAUUGAUUUGAUAAGUCGUGCAACAGAUGGAUGGGAUGAUAUUAGUGGUAUUGAAUUGAGUGCUACAGUUAGGCAGCCCUUUGGUUUGCACUUGGAGGUGAAAAAUUGUGGUUACCGUUGGAUAUUUAAGGAGGACCUGGAACAAUUAAACCCACUACAAGGGAAAUUCGUCAGUUCAGCCAUAUUAUUGAGCUGAUUGAUGAAAAACUCUGAAAUUCAGUAGAAUUAGUUUGAUAUUUUCUUUUUCAAAGAUGAUUUUUUGUUAGUUUUCUUUUUAUCUAGUGUCAAUAUUAAUGUACAUUGUUAUAGUGAUAACAAUGAACAUGUUUUGAUCAUUGAUUCUCUUAAUGAGAUAUUGCUAAAUGCCAAAGUCUUGGAUAUAUUAAUAUCAAUGUUAAGUUGAAGUUA